AUGCUGCAACUGGGAAAGAGCUUGCUGGCCGGCAUUGGGCUGGUGCCCUCCGUGCUUGGCGCAACCCUGAUUGCCUCGCACUUCAGCGGACCCGUGUACACGUUGUCCCUGACCGUGACUGACUCAAGCGGCAAGCUCACUCAAACCUCGCAGGCCACGGGAUGCGGCAACACGCCGGCUUGGCUGGAGCUGUACUCGGACACGCGCAAGCUGUACUGCUUCGACGAGAACUGGAACGGGGCCGGCGUCAUUACCGAGUACUCGGUCGCCAGCGACGGCCGCCUGACCUCAUCAGGGCAGGUCAAGACCUCGGGAAAUACUGUCCACGGCUCCUUGUACGGCGGGUCCGACGGACGGGGCUUUAUUGCCUCGGCCCAGUACUCUCCCUCGACCAUCACGACAUACAAGAUGCCCUUGUCGAGCAGCAAGGUGCUGGAGCAAACCAAGUUCGCCCUGGCCGCCCGCGGACCCAACUCGAGGCAGGAUGUUAGCCAUCCCCACGAGACGCGCACUGACCCCACCGGGAAGUUCAUGUUGGUGCCCGACCUGGGCGCCGAUGUUGUCCGAAUUUUCAAGAUCGACGCCACUUCGGGCAAGCUCACGACUUGCCCAGCCGGCCAGGCCUCGCCGGGAGACGGACCCCGCCACAUCGUCUUCUGGAAAUCUGCAGCUGGCGUCCAGAAAGCCUACACGGUGAACGAGCUGGGCAACUCGGUCUCGUCGUGGGACGUGUCGUACCCCAGCGACCCGUCUGGGUGCCUGGGACUUGCUAGGACGCAGACUCUCUCGACAUAUGCUCCGGGGAAGAAGGGCGGCUCGACUACAAAAGCCGCCGAGGUGCGUGUUGUGGGCAACUUUCUGUACGCAACAAACCGCGCAGACCAGACUUUCGGCUCGCAGCAAGACUCAAUUGCCACCUACACCAUCGAUGCCACCAGUGGUGCCAUUGCCUGGCUCGAAGCCGCCAAUUCAUACACCUACUACCCUAGAACAUUCCAGUUCAACAAUGACGGCACCCUGGUUGCUGUCGGAGGCCAGACUUCUUCCAGCGUUGCCAUCGUUGCACGGGAUACUACUACUGGCAGGCUCGGCAAGUUGGUAGCGAGCAUUCAAAUCGGCCCCAAGGGCAGAGCUGGCGAGGAGGACGGCCUCAGCGCUGUUGUGUGGGUUGAGUAG